CAAUCAAUAGUGUUAAAAUAAAACUAAACGCAACUAGUAAAUAAACGUCUUGUCAACUAUUUUAUGAUUUUAACACAAUAAAGAUAACUAAAAGUGUUAAAGAGUAGUGCCUACAUUUUAAUUGUCUUAUAACAGAAACUAGACUUCAUAAGGUGUUAAGGUGAUUAAAGUUCACGUUCAUUGGUGUGUUACUUUUCGCCAUCGUUUUGUUUCAGGUUGUGCAUUAACUAUGGCUACAAACUCAAAUAACCCUAUAUCUCCUCAUUCUGUUGACUCAGAAAUAGAAAUGUCUACUAAGCAAGGAGACAUUGACAUGGAGGAAGAAAUAUCAGCCCGUAUGACAGCAUCAUACAGUGAAAUAUCUUUCCAUUCAGAUCAGGGUCAAGCCAAUGAGGAAUCAGAUAAGGUAGCCGGCCCCUCCAGACCUUAUGACCUUCCAUCAGAAAACCGCAAACAAGAUAAGUUUCCCUUAGAUCUGGAUGGGCAUGUGAGGUAUGAAGGCGAUAUGACACAUUAUGUUGCAGAUGACUUAGAAUUCAAAAUCAAGUUGUCCAGUCCCAUAGCUAAAAGAGGAGAGACACCAGUCUUUGGAAGCUCAAGUGCAUCAAGAUCCAGUACACCCUCGGGAAAACUUUAUAGGCAAAUAUUGGCACCGCAGAUUGGCCAAAUUGACAUAACAGUAUUAAAUGAUCUGGAAUAUGAGGCACAACGGAUUGCUCAAUCAGUUGAUAAUUUGAUUGAAAAUCUAUCUAGCAUAUUGCAUUCAAAUUCAUCACUGACUGCGGAGAAUAUGGAAGUUUAUAAAGAUGCUGUAGGCAAGACGUGUGAUGCAAUGGAUAACAAUAUUAAAAGCAUGUACACGAUUCUAGCAAAGGGGGAGGAAGUGUCACAGGCGAUGAUUCCUGUGCAAGCACAAGCUGCUAGAAUAGCUGAAAUCAAAAGGUUGCUGCAAAUAUUUGAAAACAACUUUUAGCUAUUAACUAUUAUAGUGAGCAUGAUUUUUAUAUUUUUAGGUCAUUGAACUCUGUAUGAGUAUUUGUAAAUAGAUGGGGUAAUCCUAUAGGGUUUCAAUGCUAAAUAAUAAUAUCCAUCAUCUUGUUUAUGUUUUGAUAUCCAUCACAUGAACCUUAUUUGAUUGGUCUUAGUCACAUAUCUAUUGUCAGAUUAUAUAAGAAUAGAAAUAAAAUUAUUAUGUAUUUAUAG